CAGGCGGUGGAUGACUUGCUGCGGUGCGGGAUCUGCUUUGAUUACUUCAGCACUGCGAUGAUCAUUCCACAGUGUUCGCAUAACUAUUGUUCCCUUUGUAUACGCAAGUUUUUGUCCUACAAAACGCAGUGUCCAACGUGCUGUGUGGCGGUCUCGGAAUCUGACCUGAAAAAUAACCGGACAUUAGAUGAACUAGUAAAGAGCUUUAAUUCUGCAAGACAGCAGCUGUUCCAGUUGGUCUUGGAUACUCCGCUGAUUUCAUCUCCGUUGGCCUGUAGCAGGCGUUCAGCUGGCAAAGGCCAUGUUAGGAGUCCUGUUUCUUGGCCAGUUGUAAAAGAAGAGGCGCCAGCGAUUGACAGUUUCUUGAGUAAGGAAAAGGUUUGCACCUCAACAAAGGCAGAUGGCCUGGCAGGAACAGAUCAGAAGGUUCUCAGAACUGAGGAGGACCAUAACCUUUACAGCACUUCUGCAGAGGUGGAUGGUAAAGACAAUGACGUGGGAUCACAAAAGAGUCCUGAGUGCACCAAAAGCCAUGAAGAGCCUUCUACAUCUGUGGUAAAAGUAGUCAAGAAAGUGGGUUGUCCUGUUUGUGAGGUUGCUGUUCCAGAGCAAUACAUAAACAAACAUCUGGAUAGCUGCUUGACAAGAGAGCAGAAGAAGGACAGCCUCAGAAGCUCUGCUCACAAAAGGAAGCCUAUGCCUAAAGUUGUUUACAACUUGCUCUCUGACCGUGAUUUGAAGAAGAAGCUAAAGGAACAUGGUCUGUCUGCCCGUGGCACCCGACAACAGCUCAUUAAGAGACACCAAGAGUUUGUGCACAUGUAUAACGCUCAGUGUGAUUCUCUAAAUCCCAAAUCAG